AUGGCAUCCCGGAGACUCGCUCUCAACUUCCACCAGGCGGUGCGCUCUCGCAGCGCGCUGCAGGCCGUCCAGCGCAGCAGGCGAGGUUUUGCAUCUCCAGUCGCUGGCACGACGCAGUCAACGACACUGUCCAAUGGCUUGACGAUUGCUACCGAAUACUCUCCAUGGGCUCAGACCUCGACCGUCGGUGUAUGGAUUGAUGCCGGAAGCAGGGCUGAGACUGAUCAGACUAAUGGAACUGCUCACUUCCUGGAGCAUCUUGCCUUCAAGGGCACCAAUCGACGAACCCAGCACCAAUUGGAGUUGGAAAUUGAGAACAUGGGUGGGCACCUCAAUGCCUACACAUCGCGAGAAAACACUGUCUACUAUGCCAAGUCUUUUAAUGCCGAUGUUCCCAAGACCGUGGAUAUCUUGUCUGAUAUCCUCCAAAACUCCAAACUCGAGCCAGCUGCCAUCGAGCGUGAGCGCAGUGUCAUCCUUAGAGAGCAAGAGGAGGUCGACAAGCAACUAGAGGAGGUCGUCUUUGAUCACCUGCACGCCACUGCUUUCCAGGGCCAGCCUCUUGGCCGAACGAUCCUUGGACCAAAGGAGAACAUUGCCAGCAUUCAGCGUGAACACCUUGUCGACUAUAUCAAGACCAACUACACUGCUGACCGUAUGGUUCUUGUUGGUGCUGGUGGUGUUCCUCACGAGCAGCUCGUCAAACUUGCUGAAGAGCACUUUGGAAACCUCCCCAGCCAACCACCAAGCUCUGCUGCCUCCGCCAUUGCCGCCGAACAGAAGCGUCAGCCAGACUUCAUUGGCUCUGACGUCCGAAUUCGUGAUGACACUGUCCCAACUGCUCACAUUGCUCUCGCAGUUGAGGGUGUCAGCUGGAAGGACGAUGACUACUUCACUGCUCUCGUCACUCAGGCCAUUGUUGGCAACUGGGAUCGUACGAUGGGCAACUCUCCUUACCUCGGGAGCAAGCUUAGCACGUUCAUCAACCACCACAAUUUGGCCAACAGCUUCAUGAGCUUCUCCACCAGCUACAGUGAUACCGGUCUCUGGGGUAUUUACCUUGUAUCUGAGAAUCUGACCAACCUCGACGACCUCGUCCACUUCACUCUCCGUGAAUGGUCUCGCCUAUCAUACGAUGUCAGCCCUGCUGAAGUCGAGCGUGCCAAGGCCCAGCUUCGUGCAUCCAUCCUCCUUUCUCUUGAUGGAACCACCGCCGUGGCUGAGGACACCGGCCGCCAGAUCGUCACUACCGGCCGCCGCCUGUCUCCACAAGAAAUCGAGCGUGUCAUCGACGGCAUCACCGAGAAGCACGUCAUGGACUUUGCCCAGCGAAAACUCUGGGACCAGGACCUUGCUGUCAGUGCUUUCGGAAGCAUCGAGGGCAUGCUCGACUACCAGAGAAUCCGCAACGACAUGAGCCGUGAUGCUUCUUAA